AUGCUCUCCUGCCGGACGGUCGCCAAGCACCUGCGCCUCCGUGCCGCAGUAGUUGACAUCGCGGCGCUGGAGCGCUCUGCUCUCGAGCCCAAGGCCAAGCGCCAGGAGACGCUGUGGGGUCCGAUCAAGCUGCGCAGCGCCGCCGAGGAGAUUGCAAAGCGGGACGUCCAGGUGCUCCUCCAGUCAGAGAUUCGGCAGGAGCUAUCCAAGCGCGGCGCGCCUCUUGUCGGCAAGCCCUGGGAGCUCAAGGCGCGGCUGGCUGAGAUCUGGCAAGCGGAGGAGGACCAGGAGGACGCCUCGGGAGGUCUCUCGGGGCCGCUCUUUGCCUCCGCGGCGGUGCCGAGCUUUGCGCAGAAAGCGGCAGGCCCCUCCGACGAUCAGAGAGACGCGGCGGCCGACCGUGUCAAGGCCAUUCGCGACAAGUAUGCCGACAAAAUGCGGCUGCGCACGGGGUCGGGGCUGCCGCACCAGAGCGACGCAGCUGGCAAGGACGCCGCGGUUCACUGUGCAAUCGCGGGCGCCGCGGCCAAAGCGGUGUCGCCCACCGGCUGGAGGUUCCGGUCGGGCGCGAGAGAGCUGUGCCAGUAUCUCGACGUGCGCGGCAUCCGGCGCAUCCUGCUCGACGAUAGCUCGGCGACCGUGGAGGAGGCGGCCGACCGGGCGGCGGAGCUGACCCGUCAGUUUCAGCUCGAGGCGUGGUGUCACGUUCUGUCCCCAGCCGACGCAGCGAAGCUCUAUGCUGGCGAUCCCGCCGCCCUCGAGGCGGCAGGGGACGCCGUCGGGCUGCCGCUCUCGUCCAUUCUACUUCUAUCCGCCGAGCCGCGCGCCGUGGCUGCGGCUCGCGCCGCCCGGAUGCCCUCCUGCUACUUUGCUCGCGACGUCCCUGGCUAUCCGAAGGCGGUGCCCGCCGACGCGGUCGCGCGCAACAUGAACGACGUGCGGACAGCUGUGGAAGACUUUUGUGGCGUCACAUUCCGCGACGCGACCACGCACAUAUCCACGCGAUAUGGCAUAUGA